GCCGCCCACGUUGUUAGUCUCAGCUCCGUCUGUCUCACCAUUCGGGCGACAUCUCUCUCGCCGUUCAUUCAACUCCAUCGCCAUCCACCUCUAGAAUACUUUCAGCGUCCUUCUCGUCGCCUCAAGUCACGUAUCAAGGAGGGAAUCAGUCGAUCACGAGCUGAGACGAUCCUGCUAGCGGCGCUUGAAUGCCCGAUCGUCGACGCCGAGGCCCAUCACAUCCCCUCGUUAUCCUCUUUCCAAUUUCCUCUUUCUCACUCGCCUUCGUUAACACACUCGCGCCUCCUCAUCUUCCGACGCCUAUCCACUCGCCUCUCUUUCCAAAAUGACGCCGCCACCCUCAUCACCCCGCCAGAUCCAAAUCGAUCCCAACCUCCCGUCGGCUGCCCAUCACCGCUCCAUGUCGAGUUCGGCGAGCGGGUCGGGCAACCCCUCGCGCUCGCCACAGACGUUGCGCCCCCCGCCGCAUCGCGGGAGUGUGGCUCCAUCUAGCAUUGGCACCUCGUAUCGCGACAACAUCGACGUACAGAGACAAAUGCAACAAGACAUCGACUCCGCGCUGAGCAUGUCGCGCGCCCGCUCCAGCUCAGUUGUGGAGCGUUCGCCAAUGCUGCGAGGAUCCCGUGGUGGCAAUUACUCAUCGUCUCCGAUAGAGGAAGCACCGUUUGGAAUGCUCAGCGAUGCGGAAGAGCGCGAAAUGGAGCGUGCACAGCAUCGGCGUGACCACGACGGCAGCGACGACGAGGACCACCGCCAGUACCGUCACGACGAGCACCACUCAGACGCCGAGAGCUCCCACACUUACCAGAGUCGCCGACGGAGGCGGCGAUCGGACACGGAGCGCCAGGAUAGUGACGGGCUGAGGCGCGUCGGCUCGUACGCGACGGCCGAGGGCAUCCGCAGCGUCUUCGACUUCGCGGCCAUGGAAGAGUUCGCGGCUACAGAGCGUGAGGCGCUUGACGAGAUCGAGGGACCCGCGACGGGGGUGACAGCCGAGGAGAUGGGCGGGUCGGGCAUCGGUGCCGAGACACGGAGGCGGAGCGAGGCUGUCGUCCGCGUAGCCUCGCCUGCGCGCCAGCAGUCGGGUGAGGUGAGCGGCAGCGGCAGCAGCACGCGUCAGGAGGACGACACCGGCAAGGGUGGCUUCGAUGACGAGCUCAUGAUGCUGCCAAAGGAUGAGGACGAGUCUCCCCAACCUCGCUUCGGGCGGCGCGCACGCAAGCAAAGCAAACAGGCGCAUCCUGUACGGCGGCAGGCCAAGCUCGCGCUGUUUGAGAGCUUCGGCGCUGGCGAGGGUGAAGAGUUACAAGGCGGCGCGCUCAAGGCGCCCCGGCCUGGCGUGAGACCAAACCCACCUCCUCCCCCUGCCGACCCCAUCCCGCCAAAGUUCAUGCCCUACUCGGACAAUGCGGGACAUGACCGACCGUACCGGUUCUCGUUCUACUCGAACGCCUUACCGGUGACGAUUCACGCGCGCAGCCUCGCCGAGCUGCCAGCGGAGGGCCAGACUUUCGAGGAUUUGUUCAAGGGGAGGAACAUACCUGGCGAGGAGCCGCGGACAUCUGGCGAGAUUCCCCGCAACAGUGGACGUAACACGCCCAAGGAGCCCAGUGGGCUCUCACUCUCGGCCCCACGACCGCAGAGCUGGUCGCAGGCGGCGAUUACCAAGAGCAUGGUUAUGCCUGGCGCUGCGCCAACGCCGCCACCGCCUAACCCGGACGACGACCCGGAGGCGUACACCUGGUGGCUCGAUGUCCUAUCGCCUACCGACGACGAGAUGCGCAUGCUGUCGCGAGUAUUCGGGAUCCACCCGCUGACAACGGAAGACAUUUUGCUCGAGGAGACGCGCGAGAAGAUCGAGCUCUUCCGGAACUACUACCUCGUGUGUUUCCGCUCGUUCGACCAGGACCCGUACAGCCAGACAUACCUCGAGCCGCUCAACAUGUACAUUAUCGUCUUCCGCGAGGGCACGCUGUCGUUCCACUUCCGCGGCACACCCCACCCUCAGAACGUGCGCCGCCGCAUCAAGCACCUCAAGGACUAUAUCUCGGUCACAUCCGACUGGAUCUCGUACGCGCUUAUUGACGACAUUACCGACGCGUUUGGCCCGCUCAUUCAGAGCAUCGAGUACGAGGUCGACAGCAUCGAUGAGCUAGUCCUGAUUCUCAAGGACGCUGAGCAGACUGAUAUGCUUCGUCGUAUCGGCACAUGCCGGAAGAAGGUCAUGGGUCUGCUACGUCUCAUGGGCAGUAAGGCGGACGUCGUCAAGGGUCUUGCGAAGCGUUGCAAUGAGAACUGGCUGGUGGCGCCGAAGUCGGACAUUGGCCUGUAUCUUUCCGACAUCCAGGACCACUUGAUCACCAUGACGUCUAACUUGAACCACUACGAGAAAAUUCUAUCUCGCUCGCACUCGAACUACCUCGCGCAGAUCUCGAUCGAGAUGACAGACGCCAACAACCAGAUUAACGACGUGCUGUCCAAGCUCACGGCGCUGGGUACGGUCCUCAUCCCCAUGAACCUGGUGACGGGUCUGUGGGGCAUGAACGUCUACGUGCCGGGGCAGGACAAGGGUGACGAGAACCUGAGCUGGUUCUUUGGCAUCUUGGGGUGUCUCGCUGCGUUCGCGAUAGUUGGCGCCUGGGCGACAUACAAGUGCUUCGUGCGGGUAUGAGUGGCAGUAGAGGGAGAGAUGGCCCGCUUGUCAUGUGUCUGGCGUCGGAAGGGGGCAGUUUAUGGCUUAUGCAUACAUAGAUGCCGG